UUUGCGUGUCGUUACGUGAAAGCAGUGACAGAGAAAUAAAAAGUGUGGGCGUGGCUUGGCUUGGCUUGUGCUUGGACUUGACCAGAACUAGAACCUCAGUCUCGUCUCGGGUUUUUUUCUGUGGGUUAAACCCGGUAACGAAACGAUGCAGACGAGAUCCUCCUCAUCCUCACCCUCGCCUGACGAAGGCCAGCUGCAGAUCGUGAACACUAUUUCGUAUCGCGGCAAGAUUUUGCCUGGUUGGACCGUCGUGAAUCGGCCGCGGUCUACCCGAAGCAGCAGUGCCGAUACGUACUUUAUUGAGCCAGGGACUGGUAGAAAGUUUUCAUCUUUAGAAGCUGUUCACAGACAUUUGGCUGGAGAAGUAAGUGAUAGACGCUUGACUCGAGCAAACACCUUCUUCCAGGAUAGGACAAGGGUUUAUGGACGAUCCAUAACCAUACAGGAUCAUCGUAACGUUGAAUAUGCAUCCAAGGGUUUUCGAUUGCCUAGAGGAUGGUCUGUUGAAGAGGUUCCGAGGAAAAACUCUCAUUGUAUUGAUAAGUAUUAUGUUGAGUGGAAAACAAGAAAGCGUUUCCGUUCUCUUGUUUCUGUUGAGAGAUACUUAAAAGAAUCCGGGAACCAUACAGAUCAGCAGCUUAUGCUUUUACAGUAUCGCCGUAGCCAUUCCAAAGAUUUCAGAUUACCUGAUGGAUGGAUCAUUGAGGAGAAACCACGAAAAAGUUCCACUCAAAUAGACAGGUCUUAUAUUGAGCCAGAAACGGGGAAUAAGUUCCGUUCCAUGGCAGCCGUUGAGAGAUACUUGCUAGCAGUCGGGAAUGGUGCAGUUGACUCGGUUUCUAACCAGCUUGCUCUUGCGGUGAACCGGAAUGAUACCAGAUUUCUAAAGGAAGUUAUCGACCCAAACCCACCGAAGAAAGUUAAAUGGGUACUUACUGGUCCAGGCGGAAACAUGUUUACUGCGAAAGUGAGCGGAUCAGAUGUCUCUAGCUCAGUUAAACAGACAUGGUCCGAGGCGUUUGUUUCAAUGAUCCAAGACCGCUCUUAACAAAAAUGUGACUAGGUUUGGUCUAUUUGUGGUUGGUUUAACAAGCUAGUCCAGUCGGUAGUCUCAUCAAGUUGUUCAUACUUCGGUCUAGGUCAUAACUGGGCCAAAUAACCGGUUUUGCUAAAUUUACCAUGUUAAUAUUCGUUUGAAAACCGGAGUUUGGGUAGGUUUGUUUUAGUGCUCAGGUUAAGUUAGGGGACAUUAAGUUGUCUGUAGUAAAGGUGAAAUAAUGGUUGAAAUAAUCUUGACAUGUAUUUAUAUUUUUUCAAUUCUUCCUAGCUUGUAUUUAUGUGUUCUUCCUAGCUUGUAUUUAUAUUUUUUCAAUUCUUCUCGUUAAAUAUAAUU